UUUAGGUGGGUUUUAGCAGUAGUGUGUUGCCAACUACUGGAAUAGACCCGGUGCAAGAGCGGGGUAUCUGUCCUGGAUCGAGCACAGACAACGGUAUCUUAGCUAGCUGGUUAUCUAGGGUAUCAUGUCACGUCCCGGUACUGCCUCCCCGAAGCCCGCCAUGGGCCCAUCUAAACACUCUGGUGGUGGGGGACCCAGGGGCAAAGGGCUUAAAGACAUACGCAUUGACGAAGAAGUUAAGAUUGCUGUGAACAUCUCCCUUGAGAGAUUUCAGUACAGUGAGGAAAAGGAAAUGGAGUUUCCUUCAUCCCUGUCCAGUACUGAGAGGGCCUUUAUUCAUCGCUUGGCGCAGUCUCUGGGAUAUAUCUCUAGAAGCAAAGGAAAAGGUUCAAGCCGGACCCUCACAAUCAGAAAGAAGGAUGGCUCGGAGAAGAGUCAGUCCAUCAUGACAUUCCACCUUUCACACAAUUCCAAGCAUGUGGUGCGCAGCUUGCUGCAGAGGUUCCCUAUCACCAACAAGGAGCGCACAGACCUACUGCCCCGCACUGAGAGGGGUCAGUCUGUGGCACUGGAGGCUGAGAGCAGCCGUGACAAGAACAGGACCAGUGGUCGGCUCAACAAUGGCAUCCCCCAAGUGCCCCAGAGGAGGGGCCCAUCUGAGCUUGACUUCUUCCGCCGCUCACUGCCUGUGUACGAGCGCCAGGAAGAGAUUGUCCAGGUCAUCAAAGACAACCGUGUGGUCUUAGUGGUGGGGGAGACCGGCUCUGGGAAAACCACACAGAUCCCGCAGUUCCUCUUGGACAAUUGCAGCCAAAAUGGGAUUCCGUGUCGAAUAUUUUGCACCCAGCCCCGGCGUUUGGCAGCUAUCGCUGUGGCUGAGCGGGUUGCCGCGGAGAGAGGGGAGAGCAUUGGGCAGACCAUCGGCUACCAGAUACGCCUGGAAAGCAGGGUUUCCCCCAAGACGCUUUUGACAUUCUGCACCAGCGGAGUCCUGCUGAGAACACUGAUGGCCGGAGACUCCACCUUGUCCACUGUUACUCAUGUCAUUGUGGACGAGGUUCACGAGCGAGAUGGCCUAAGUGACUUCCUGCUGACCAAGAUGAGGGACAUGCUCCAGACGAUGCCAAAUCUGAAGCUCAUCCUGUCCAGCGCUGCCCUGGACGUGGAUCUGUUUCUCCGCUACUUUGGCUCCUGUCCCGUCAUCCACAUCAAAGGAAGACCAUUUGAAGUUAAGCAACUCUUCCUGGAAGACAUAUUGCGGACAACUGGCUAUGCAAACAAAGACAUGAUGAAAUACAAAAAGGAGAUCCAGAGGGAGGAGAAACAGCAGAUGUCUCUUACAGAAUGGUGCAAGGUUCAGGAGGGUGGCUCUCGCCAGGAGCCCCAGAGGGAGAAAACCUCCUCCUCCUGUGUCCUCCCCGAGAAUGACCUGCUGGAUGAUGGAGGGGACAGUGUCUUCAACCAGCUGAGUGAAAAAGAUGUGGCAUCAUUAGAUCCAUGGCUGCUGAAAGAGAUGGAUGCUUGUAUAUCAGACAUCUUCCUCAACCAGGACGCUGACGCCUUUGUCCAGCUCUUCAACCUCAUCCUGAGUGAGAAUGUUAGCGUGGACUACAUGCACAGUGAGACGAGUGCCACUCCCCUCAUGGUGGCAUCAGGACGAGGCUUCCUCGGUCAAAUUGAGCAGCUGCUGAGUAUGGGAGCCAGUGUCAAAAUGAAGGCCUCCAAUGGGUGGACUGCAUUGGACUGGGCCAAGCAUUUCCAGCAGUCAGAGGUGGUGGACCUACUAGAAUCCUACCUUUCAUCUCUGGAAGCUGGGAAGCUGGACGAGUUGUCUCUUGUGCAGACAGCCACCACAGAGAUGAGUCCUGAGGACCAGGAGCUGCUCAAGGUCUACCACCACAGCUUUGACGAUGAGCGGGUCGACCUGGACCUUGUCAUGCACUUGCUGCACAACAUCUGCACCAGUUCAGAGGAUGGAGCGGUGUUGAUCUUCCUCCCUGGAUAUGAUGAAAUAGUGGGCCUGAGGGACCGUAUACUGUAUGACGAUAAAAGAUUUUCAGACUACGCUCACAGAUACCAGGUCUUCACACUCCACUCCAACAUGCAGACCGCAGAUCAGAAGAAAGUGCUGAAGAACACUCCUGCGGGGGUCCGAAAGAUAAUUCUCUCCACCAACAUAGCAGAAACAAGUAUCACCGUCAAUGAUGUGGUGUUUGUCAUCGACUCUGGAAAAGUCAAAGAGAAGUCAUUUGAUGCACUGAACCACGUGACCAUGCUGAAAAUGGUGUGGAUCUCCAAGGCUAGUGCUCUGCAGCGAAAGGGCAGAGCUGGGCGUUGUCGACCUGGGAUCUGCUUCCACCUAUUUAGUCGCCUCCGCUUCAACAGCAUGCUGGAGUAUCAGGUCCCCCAGCUACUGAGGAUGCCCUUGCAGGAACUCUGUCUCCACACCAAGUUGCUAGCCCCCAUCACCUGUCCCAUCGCUGAAUUCUUGUCCAAAGCACCUGAACCACCUCCCAUCCUCAUCGUCAAAAACGCAGUCCAGAUGCUCAAGACCAUAGAUGCCAUGGACCCGUGGGAAGACCUGACAGAACUGGGCUACCACCUGGCCGACUUGCCCGUAGAGCCCCACCUAGGCAAGAUGGUGCUGUGUGCUGUAGUGCUCAAGUGUCUGGACCCCAUCCUGACCAUUGCAUGCACACUGGCCCACCGUGACCCAUUCGUGCUGCCCUCGCAGGCGUCCCAGAAAAGGGCAUCUAUGCUGUGUCGAAAGCGCUUUACUGCAGGGACCUUUAGCGACCACAUGGCUCUGCUCCGAGCCUUCCAGGCCUGGCAGAAGGCCCGCAGCGAUGGCUGGGAAAGGUCCUUCUGUGAGAAGAACUUCCUGUCCCAGGCCACCAUGGAGAUCAUCAUAGGGAUGAGGACUCAGUUGCUGGGACAGCUCCGAGCCAUAGGGUUUGUGAGGGCGCGUGGCGGUGGGGACAUUAGAGACGUGAACCUGAACUCUGAAAACUGGGCUGUGGUAAAGGCUGCCUUAGUGGCUGGGAUGUACCCCAACCUCAUCCACGUGGACCGUGGGAGCUGCACCCUCUCCGGGUCAAAGGAGAAGAGAGUCCGUCUCCACCCCACCUCUGUCCUCAGCCAACCUCAACCCCAUAAGAAGAUCCCCCCAGCCAAUGGUCAGGUGGCCGCUGUCCAGUCCCUACCCACCGAUUGGUUGAUAUAUGAUGAGAUGACGCGAGCCCAUAGGAUCGCUAGCAUCCGCUGCUGCUCGGUGGUCUCCCCCAUCACCAUAGCCAUCUUUGGGGGCUGCGCCAAGCUGCCAAGCACGGCCCUGCAAGAACCUGCCAUUCAGAAAGAUGACGUGUUGAAUGAGAGCAGUGACAGUGAGAUGGAGGAUCGAUCCACUGCCCAUCUGGCUCAGAUGAAGAUCGACGAGUGGCUCAACUUUAAACUCGACCGAGAGAUGAUGGGUCUGGUGUUCCAGCUGAGGCAGAAGUGGCACGGUCUGUUCCUGAGGAGAAUCCGUUCCCCCUCCAAGCCCUGGUCCCAGCUCGAUGAGGCCACUAUACGGGCCCUGGUGUCGGUGCUGAGCGCUGAGGAUCUGGCCGUGGGGAUGCAGCAGCCCACAGGGAUCGGCCAAAGACCCCGUCCCAUGUCCUCUGAGGAACCUCCUCACACCUCCUCCUGGAGAAACACCAACAACCGGAGAAACCCUGGUCCUGCGACCAGACCUGACAGCCCUGAGCACCCAGUCGAGCCCCUCAUCUCUACCCCCUCACACGCCGCCAUAGACCGGUCUUCCAGACUGUCCCCUGCCUCCAGACUGUCCCCUGCCUCCAGACUGUCCCCUGCUACCUCAGUCCUGCAGCCGAAAGCCCCCCACGGCAGCAGAGACAAGGGCCCAAGGCGUUCCGCAGAUGACCACCUCUCCACCACCAAGUCCCCUGAAUCAGCUUCACUUUGCUUCCCCAGUCCUUGUGUCAGCCCCUCGCCUACCUCAUCAGGAAAAUGCUCCAAGCCUCCGUCCCCGCGGCCAGGUGGUGUGCCUGUGCGUUACUUCAUCAUGAAGAGCAGCAACCUGAGGAACAUUGACAUCUCCCAGCAGAGAGGCAUCUGGUCUACCACACCCAGCAACGAGCUCAAACUCAACCGAGCCUUCCUGGAAAGCAGUCGGGUGUACCUGGUCUUCUCUGUGCAGGGCUCUGGGCACUUCCAGGGCUAUGCACGGAUGACAUCGGUCAUCGGACAGGAGCGCUGUCUGGACUGGGGCUCCACAGGGCUGGGGGGUGUCUUCAGUGUGGAGUGGACCCGGAGGGAGAGCCUGCCUUUCCAGCAUUCCUACCAGCUGCUCAACCCCUGGAAUGAAAACAAGAAAGUACAGAUCAGCAGGGACGGACAGGAGUUGGAGCCCCAGGUGGGAGGCCAGCUGCUGCAGCUAUGGGAGAGACUCUGUGGGAAAGCCCAACAUCUCCAGCCUUGAGAAAAAGCCCUGCUUGGCCUGACCUUGAGGACCUCACCAUUUGACUUGGCAGUUAAGUCCCAAUUUUGGUUUUGAAUGUGUUUUGAACCACAUAUGCACACAAUUUGUCUGUGUCCACUACCAGUUACACAAUAUGUUUUGUACUUGGCUAAUCAUUUUCCAAACCAGUUCACAUUUUCACAUGCAAUAGUAUAUUAAUGUUCUUGAAUGUCUAAAUGCAGAAAGUUGUUUGUUUACUUAAAGUGACCUCAGGAAAAAAGUUCUGUUCAAAGAGAAUGUAUAUAAAAUAACAAGACUGAUACAACUCUAAUAGGAGAGAAAUUACAGUUUAAUGUAUUGAUAAUUCAGUAAGGAAUCCUAUUCAUAUUUGUUUUCAAAGCUUCUCACUGCAGAAUGUGUAGAAUGCUGUGUGCAUAUGCUUGGAUGCACAACACUGCCAAGAUUGGAGUGGAUCUGAAACCAUAGCAACUAUAAUGUAACCUUGUACUGUUGUUAAGCUGUGCCUGGUGAGACUUUCACUCCUUUAUCAGUUUACCUGUCAGUCAAAUGUUUCUGUAUUUAUAGUAAUUUCAACAGGUUUGUGAUAUUUUGUAAAGGUAUUAUUCUUUUUAAAGGGAAACAAAUUACUUGUAUCCAGUUUUUGGACAUUGAAUGUUCAACUGGCUAUUUUUGUUUCUUGUAUUUGUUUAAUGUAUCCCUUGUAAAGCAAGGGGUUAAAUAUGUUUGAUAGUUCUGUUUCUUUGAGCUGUUUUUAUGAUUCUAUUAUUAAAGUUAAAGACUA